UUUCUGGAGUUUGUAGACUGGGAAUGAAAGGCUUGUGUGGCAUAGCAAUGGUUGGAUAGUGUUGUAAGACGGACAGCGUUUUCUUUUCUUUGAUGUCUAUGAUUUUGCAAAUGAAUCUUACGAAACCGACACAGACACAGACACAGACACCCAUUUUUGUUGACAAUGCCUUCUCCGCAACAACGUCAACAUGUUUCACUCUUCCUUCCCAGCAUCUCUCUUUUCCCUCACCACAUGCAUACACUUUUCUCCGCUUUCGCCCUUCCACAACCGUCUUCUCCGCCUUGACGGCCGAUCACCCACCUGAGCCUCCGGUGAGGAUGGUGGCUGUGGUUGGCCACGGAGCUGUCAGUCCUCUCAAGUCUGCAUCCUGGGAACAAGUCAUGCUUCACACUGCAAAAAAAUUGAAAUGGGUUGAUGAAGGGUAUGAACUUCUUGUAUUUACUGAUGAAUGUAUUCAAUCUAAUGAAGAAAUGAGCCUGAGACUCCAGAGAGAAUUAAUGAAGGCUGAUAUAUUGGUGAUUGUCGCCAUUAAAAAGAAAGAAUCGAAGAAGUGGAUUAAUAUCAACAGCAAAAGUAUUGAAAAUGUGAUAUGCUUUGACUCUUCACCAGAUGUGAAGAACAGAUUAGGAGGCUAUGAUGUUCACAAUGAAGUGAGGGGAAGUAUAUUUAGAAAAGUGAUAGGAAUUUCUCUAUCAGAUAAAACUAAGGAAUCAUAUAAAGUAGUGCAAACUGUGUCGGAAGCAUGGAAUCGACAUAAUUCUGAUGAUAUAAGGUUCUGCUUACUGGUACUAAUCAAUGCUUAUAUAAGGCCAGUUCCAGUAUUGAAGAACUUGAGAGCCAAGGGUUUUUCUACCCUAAACUGUAUGUUGAGGAACUGUGGCCGUCAGGUACUUAAUUGCUUGUUGGAUCCCAAUUGUAGAAAAGCUCUUCAAUGCUUGAAUCAGUGUAGUCCAGUUGAUCAAGUAUGUAAUUAUCAAUGUAUUGCUUCAUACGAAAGCACAAAUCUAGAAGCCUUUUCACUAUGUGUAUUACAGAAAAACAACUGUCUUAACUUGGAAGCAGAAGUACCUGACCAGCCAUACGUGCCACCAAUGAUAAAGUUUCAUGGAGAGAACUUAAGUUAUGAAAUGGCAGAAGAUUUGUUUGUUGGUUGGUUAGGGAGUUUGCAAUGGAGCUGGCGUGUUGUGGCAGGGCAGAACCCAGCAUAUGAUCAAUUUCCAUGCCAAUACCAGCUAUUCUAUAGGGGAAAGGCAAAAGGGUCAUUUUGGUAUGAACCAGUAUUCCAGGUAAAAACAUUGGAAGGCCAAAUGGUCUGGAGGAGGAGAAAAUAUAGGGUCAAGAGAGGUAAGGUACCUGGUACCUUCUAUUUCAGUGUAUUAGAUAAUGGAGUUGUUUCAAAUGAGUUUUGGACAAUUGUGGAUGUAGCUGAUGAUCUUAGUUGGGGUUUGUUCCACUAUCAUGGAGCUGCUCGGGCUGCAGGGCAGUCUUAUACAGGGGCAGUACUUGUUAGUCCAGAUGGAGCAUUUCCAAAUGAAACACAGAGGACAAAAAUAGUUGCUGCUCUAGACAAAUGUGAAAUUAAAGAGUGGGAGCUAUUUACUGUUGACAAUUGUUCAUGCAUAGAUCCUCCCUUGGGAAUUCCAGACGGUUCAAGUUUACAUUCUAUAGUCCAAAUUGAAGAUCCAAACAGGAUAUCUGUCUGAUUAUUUGUGCCCGAAACUGUCUAUCAAUACUCUAAAUUUGGUUAUAUUCGGCUUAAGUACAGGUUCAAUAUUUCAAAGCUAGUUGAUUUGUUCUGUGGCUUAUCACUAUUAGGAAAGUUUCUUAUCUGCAAUCACCUGGUUACCGGUGCUUAUAAUUAAAUCAUGUCUAUUUCGAGUUCUUGGAUGCAUGUUGAAACGUGGCUCGUAUAUUGGAAAAGCGACUCUCAAA